AUCCGAGCGCCUCUCAGAGUCGAACAGCAGCAGCGCGAGCUCAGAAGCAGCGACACAGACAGCAGAGGAGGACGCGCGCGCGCUGCUUCUAGAUGACAGACCUAACGUAAACAUACCUUUCCUGGCUCUUUAUCAUCGUAACACAGUCUCUCCUGCUGUCGGGAAUCCUGGAGAAGAAGAAUGACGGACAAAGGAAUGCUAAUCUCACCGUCGGCUCUCCAGGAUCCCGGGGAUGGAGCGAAACCCGAAGACAUCAGUAUGGAUUGUGCGGACGGGGAAGAUGAAUUGUGUUUGGAAGAGAUUUUAACGCUGUACAGUCAGCCGAUCAACGAGGAGCAAGCCUGGGCCGUGUGUUAUCAGUGUUGCAGGUGGUUAACUCAAAAACAGAGACGGAAAGAGACAGGUGCGAGUCCACCUGGACGGAUUGCGGGUCCUGGAGAUGUGAAGAUCCGGAAGGACGGGACUGUGAAAUUAUAUCAACAGAGCAAUCCAGAUAAACACCUCCCUCCCUGUUCAUCAGUAGAGAUCAUAGAGUCUCUGGGUAUAAUGAUCUACAAGGCUUUGGAUUACGGCCUGAAGGAGCAUGAGGAGAGAGAGCUCAGCCCUCCUCUGGAGCAGCUCAUUGACCUCAUGACCAACAUGGCACACACCGAAACAGACUGUCCUGAUGAGGGAUAUGAGGCAACGGAGGAAGAGGAUGAAGGAGAGGAAGAACCCACAGAAGUCUCCAACAUCCGAGGCUAUCGUGACAUUAUUUCUCUGUGCACGUCUCACCUUCCCAGCCCAUCAGAUGCUCCCAACCACUACCAGGCCGUAUGUCGAGCCCUGUACGCAGAGACCAAGGAGCUACGCACCUUCCUGGAGAAGAUCAAGAGUGCCAAAGAGAAUUUGCAGAAGAUGGAAGGAGAAACCGAGGAGCCAGUCAAAGACUUGAAUGAGUUGCAGAAUGCUGACUGGGCACGGUUUUGGGUGCAGGUGAUGAGGGACCUGAGACACGGUGUGAAGCUGAAGAAGGUCCAGGAGCGUCAGUAUAACCCUCUACCCAUCGAGUUCCAGCUCACGCCUUAUGAGAUGCUCAUGGACGACAUCCGCUCCAAGCGCUACAAGCUUCGCAAAGUCAUGGUCAAUGGUGACAUUCCUCCGAGGUUAAAGAAGAGCGCUCACGAGGUCAUUCUGGAGUUCAUUCGCUCCAGACCUCCACUGAAUCCUGUUUCUGCUCGUAAACUAAAGCCUCAUCCUCCAAGACCUCCCAGUCUUCAUGAGCGUAUCCUGGAAGAGAUCCGGUCGGAGAGAAAGCUCAGGCCUGUCUCACCUGAUAUGAUCCGUAGGAGUCGACUCGUAAUUCGCCCACUUAGCAUGUCAGUCAGUUUUGACUCAUCAGGCGCAGGCAAAAGUAUGAGCACCCCACAGGACUUGUUCCGAAGCUCAGACAUCCCUGACGGACACCGAAAGUUGGCCAUCAGCACACUGUCCCUGGCCAAUGGCACGUCUCCAGCUCGGAGCCCCGUAAACGGUGUAUCUGGAGGUCAGGCGCUGUCCCAGAGAAAGAGGUUGCUCAAAGCACCUACGCUGGCCGAGCUUGAUAGCUCCGACUCGGAUGAGGAACAAAGCACUCGGAAGUCUGACAGCAGCUCUAGCGUAUCUGCCUCACUGGUUGAGGACACGUCUCCAGAGUCCGUCAUGGCCAAAAAAACUCCUCCGCAGUUCCUGCCCAUAUCUUCCACCCCUCAACCUGACAAACGCUUCGCUCCUCAGAGGAGGCACUCCAUAGAGAAAGAAGACCCCACCAGCGUGCGGCCUUUCCUGCCUCCGUCUCGCAAGAGCUCCAGAUCUCUGCUCUCUUCGGACAACAAGACUCACGCACUAGGCAGCGGUCGCGCGGAGGAGUUCUGCUACCCCGUCGAGUGCCUGACUUUGACCGUGGAGGAGGUGAUGCAUAUCAGACAGGUUCUGGUUAAAGCAGAGCUGGAGAAGUUCCAGCAGUAUAAAGACGUCUAUAACGCGCUGAAGAAAGGAAAGCUUUGCUUCUCAUGUCGGACAAGGAAGUUCUCGCUCUUCACCUGGUCCUACACCUGCCAGUUCUGUAAGAGGCCCGUUUGUUCACAGUGCUGUAAGAAGAUAAAGUUGCCGUCUAAGCCUCAUGCCAGCCUGCCCAUCUCCUCUCUGGGCCCCAGCAUCCUUCCCAAAAAGGAGUCUGCAGCGUCAGCCGCCACAGAGAAGCCCCCCUCCACAUCCAGCCACAAGCGUCACAGCCUUCAGCGCACCAUGUCCAGAUCCUCAAAGCACGCUGAGCGCUCGUCCUCCAGAGACGAGCUGGAGCUGCCGGAGCAGUUCACCGAGGACUGGAGCACCAUGGAGGUCUGCGUGGACUGCAAGAAGUUCAUCAACGACAUCAUCAGCAACAGCAGGCGCAACCUGAGCACCAAACGUGCCCGUCCGCCCCGCAGGACCCACUCCGUCUACAUGCCCAACACCAGUUCUUCCAACUACAAACCCUCAGAACGGACUAUCAAAGAGGUUUAGGAUCCGAAGUGUUUGGCACGGUCACAGUGUGGUCCUUAAAAUGCUCCAGUUGAUCGUGAUGGUGCCAGGUGGAAAUUCGCUUAUGUUACACACUGUAUGAAAAAUACGGCCUCUCUUGUUAGCUUUAUAACGUUCCUCCAAAACCACUUCUUUUCUAUUUAAAAAGUGCCAGAGGUGAAGGAAUAAAGCCGUCCCUCUUCCAGCAUGAGUCCUUAAGCACCAGCCUUCUCAGGAAAAGCUUUGGAAUGUAGUUUAACACACUUUAAAUUUACUUUGACCAGCUUACCCAGAAUGAAAUGACGGUGUAAAAAAAAAAGUUAUGGCAAGGCUGCUUUGAUCACUGAAAGGCACAAGGCCUGAAUGUACAUUAUUCAAUGGAGCUCAAUCGUAUGUAAAUAGUUGCUGAAUGCUCAGCCUAAAUGUAAAUAGGCAUCCAAACUGACUUAUUUUCCCCCUUUUAGGAAAUACUAGUCGAUUGCUGUAAGACCAAGAGACUGUAGAUUUAUUCAGCCUCCGCAACCAUUCAAGAUCAUGUCUUACCAAAUGUUUUUUCUUAUUGUUUUUAAAACUGCUGCUGUGAUUGUGACAUGGUCCAAACGAAUGCGUCCAAAAACGAAAGUACUUACAGAUAAAUAUAUUUUUCCUGUCUGAUGGCAGUGUUUUUGAGAUUUUAGUCAAAGAUGAGGGUCAAGAAGUGUUUUUUUAAGAGCUUUAGUGUUUCUUAAAGGAGUGAUCGGCUGUGCCAAACAAAUCUCCACUUUCUGAGCAAUAUGUGUCUUGGACCUGAUGUACAUAGUCAAUAACAUUUACCGGAGAUGGUGACGGCCCAAAGGGGAAGCCAGUUCUCUCUUUUAUAUGGGGAAGUGACUUUUGUAGGUUAUGUUUAUGUACAUUCUGUUAAUCCGAAUCUCAUCUGAUCCACUUAUCUAUUAAAAUAGGCUCUAUUGUUAUAAAGUUAUGAUUUAUGAUUAAUAAAGAUUAUUUUAUUUUUCAGUGUCAAAUGUCACUCAACAACUAAAACUAUUUAGUUAUUUUUCAGCUGCACAUUUAUUUGACGUCUUAAAACUUUGUAAAUUAAUUUAUAAUGUAUCAUUAAUUACUGUUUUGUGCAAUGCAACACCCCAGGAGACUUUAAAUAUGAAGGUACUGAAGUCAUAUCAGGGUUUUUGGAAGGAUUGUUUCUGUUUGUGCUUAAAUAAAAAAAAAAAAAAUGAAAUGCACACUUAUAAAUAGACAUGCACUGCAAUGGUGUACAGGCCUGUUCUUUUGUUUUGUGCAAAGCUGACUGUACUGCCUUCCUCUGAAGAUCGGUGUGCAUGAUGAUAUCUAUGAUUUUUUUUAAUAAGAACCGAAUUGCCAAUAAAUAAAGCAUCAAAUUUGAA